AUGGCCCACGAUAUGGAGGCGCUCAAUCGGUUCACUUCAGGCCGAUGGCUGUGGCGUGAACAAGAGCAGUUGGCGUGUCGCUACGUCAAGUUUAACUUGCCAAAGCUUGUGGACGUGGCUGCCUCUGCUAUUGGAUCGGAAGCUUGCGUUCGAAUUACCAAAAUGACAGAGGGUCAGUACAAUAAAGUGUUCUUGCUUACUAUGAACGAUGGCCGAGAGGUGGUUGCCAAACUACCAAAUCCCAAUGCAGGAAGGCCUCAUUUUACCACUGCCAGUGAGGUUGCAACUAUGGACUUCUUGCGGAAUGACCUUGGCCUACCAGUUCCCCGCGUUUAUGCAUGGAGCUCUAGAGCGUCAGACAACCCUGUCGGAGCCGAGUAUAUCAUUAUGGAAAAACAGGCUGGUGUGACGUUGAGUGAUGUAUGGGAGAACAUGAAGGGAAAACAGAAAGCCCAGAUUGUGCUACAGAUUGUCAGUCUUGAGCAGUCCCUUGUUGCUACAAAGUUUAGAAAGUUUGGAUCUUUGUACUACAAGGAGGAUCUCCCCACGAAUCUCGAUCCAACGGCAUCGUUAUUUAUCGAAAGCGACGGAAAUGAGACACAAAGCUCGAAGUUCAGCAUUGGACCUACCAAUCAUCGUGCAUUUUUCGAUUUCGGAAGAGGAAAGCUAGAUAUCGAUCGCGGACCAUGGAACACACUCGAGGAGUUCAUGGUAGCGAUCGCAAACAGGGAGAUUGCCACUGCGAAGGCAUAUACCAGAUACCCGUUAAUGCCGGAAGGUCUGUUCAAUGGACCUCGGCAAUACCAGCCUAGCGCUGCAAAGAAGCUGUUCACGCUGAACCAGUACCUCAAGGUUGCUUCUUAUGUCCUUCCGCAGCAUGCAGCAACCCAUUCAUCAGUCCUAUGGCAUGGGGAUCUCAACCUGCAGAAUAUCUUUGUCGACCCAAACGAGCCCACCAAGAUUUUAGGCAUCAUCGAUUGGCAAUCCAUCAGCGCAUGCCCGCUUUUUAUGCAGGCCAAACAUCCUGCUUUUCUUGAAUACCAUGGUCCUGCCCCUGAAGAACUAGGAAAAGUUCAUCUUCCCGCAAACUUUGAUUCUCUUAGCCUUGAUGAACAACAAAAAGCCAAGGAAUUGCAUCAAGCUCAGACGCUGCACAAUCUAUACUUCGUCCGAUCGUUUCAAGCCAACCCAGAUGCCUUCCAAGCGUUACAGGGCCAGAAUACACUCCGUCAUCAAGUGAGUGUCAUUCCCGGGUUGACGAUAAUGGACUACGAACCGUGCCUCAACAGCCUUCUCAGAGACGUGGAAAAAGAACGGAUAGACAUCGUCGGUGCAAAAUCUGACGGCUCCCCGGUGAUACCGUGGCCCUUGCAAUUGUCAGCUGCCGAAGUCCAGCAACAGGAAGCAGAUGCAGAUUUGUGGGCCCAGGGUGUGCAACUUAUGGACGAUUUCAUUAAGGAUACGGGGAGUUUCAAACACUGGGAUGGUAGAGUUAGUGAGACCGACUACGAACUCUGCAAGAAACAACUUGUAGAAGAAAUCGAGAGAUUUUUGCGUCGCGAGGCCAGAGAUGAAGAUGAGCGCCAGGCGUGGCUCGGGGUGCUACCAUUUGUGGAUUGA